AUGAUCCAGGACUUUACCAACGACCCGGACGUAAAGGUGUUUCUGAUGAGCCUCAAGGCCGGCGGCGUUGCCCUCAAUCUGACUGUCGCCUCCAGUGUCUUCCUUAUGGACCCUUGGUGGAACCCCGCAGUCGAGCAGCAGGCGCAGGAUCGCAUCCACCGGCUCGGGCAGUACAAACCCAUCCAGGUCACCCGGUUCGUGAUCGAGAACACGAUUGAGGAACGCAUCCUGAAGCUGCAAGAGAAGAAGCAGCUGGUGUUCGACGGAUGA